AUGAUUCCAGAGCCCGUCGAUCCUGGCCUCCUCCGAGAGCACGCCUUUUACGACUCUGGCGAUCUUGGAGUGGUUCUCUCGAAGGAUACCUACACCGAAUUUGGUGGUUUCAAAUCCAUAUUCAAGUAUGGUCUGGGCUAUUUCAACUACGCUAGUGGGUUAGAUCGCGAGGUUCACGAAAGAAGUCUGGCAUACAUGCUCAAAUUCCACAUACUCCAGCAUUUUGGGUUGUACUGCUGCAUAACGAUGGUAGCUUUGGUUGUUUCCUUCAUAGCUCUAUCACAGGUUCAAGGGAACGCAAUGGGACGGAACAAGAAAGCAGAGAAGGACGGCGACGACGUCUACUACGUGAAGGUCUGA